UCCGUGAGAGAAAUCAACAGGGAAGAGGUUCCUGGAUUGGCAGCAUUUCCUCAUGAAGAGAAGGCUUCACCUUCUCUUUGUUUUAUUUUAUUCUGAACUUGCCGCUGGUAACGUAGCCUAUUAGAUGUGAUUACAGAGGAAAGUCUUCAAAGCUGUUAGUGUUAAACUGCAUCAGAGAAAUGACCAGUGAACUACAGAGACAGGACUCAACGGUGUAUAACUAUAUAAUGUUAGGGAAUGGUAACCCUGGUGACCAGCAGUCACUGAGGUCACGACGGGUUUCAUCUCGAGCGUCCAAUCAGAACUAUCCUCAGUUCAGCUGGAGCCCGAGGCCUUCAAGUGAGGAUGGAGAGGGCAACAGUGGAAAGCCCAAGGACCUCAGGGGCAUCCCUCUGCCCAUGGCAUUGAAAAGAGCUGUGCGGCAGGUGCAGCAAAUGCAGGUGCCAGUGGUUUCCAGGAGGGAGUCCUGGAAACGGAACAAGGCCAAAUCUCUGCGUAAGAUCAAAGACAAUGCCAGUGGAUUUCUCAACUUUUUCGCACUGUGGAGCAAAUCCUUGCAAAAGAUCGGAGGGAACUUCGGAGGUGGCGUCCAGUCUUACUUCCUGUUCCUGCGAUUCUUGGUGGUGCUCAAUUUUGUUUCCUUUUUACUGAUUGCUGGAUUUGUCCUCAUCCCCAGCAUCGUCUUCAGAUCUGUUGGGCUCAGUCUUGUUAACAACACUGGUCCAGAGGAAUGCAUGGCUUAUGAUCCUAAUCCUCAAGGCUUGGUGGCGUUCUAUAAGUACUUCCUUGACUUACUUUCGGGGACGGGUUUUAUGGAGUAUUCAUACAUGUUUUAUGGCUACUACAACAACACAAUGAUGGAGGAAAGUAACUUCUCCUACAACAUCCCCCUGGCCUACCUCUUCACUGCUGUCUUCUACUUCGCCUUUUGUCUCGUUUGUAUCAUAGCACGCAUGGGGACUGCAGCUCGAGUUGCUGUGGCAACGGGAGGCAGCGCCGUGGGCAACUACAGCAUGAUAGUGUUCACCAGCUGGGACUAUGGAUGCCUGGGAGACCACGCUACCAAACUGAAGCAGAAAAACAUCCACUACCGGCUGCAGGUGGAUCUGGAGGAGGAGACCAUAAAGAAAAGGGCAGCUUCUCUGACUUUGGGUCAAAAAAUAGUUUUAUACUCUCUACGUGUUUUUAUGUGUUUUGUUGCAUUUGGGCUCAUUAUUGCGGCCUUCUACGGGAUCUCCGCGGCCACCGACUUCAGCCAGAAAAAGAGUGAUGAGCAAGGGAUCCUCGGUUUGAUUUUUGAGUAUCUACCUUCAAUUGUCAUCACCGCUGGAAACUUCCUGGUGCCACUGCUGUGUGACCAGAUCGCCUUGAUAGAACGAUAUGCCCCCAGCACUACUGUUAUAGUGGCACUAUUAAGGGCAGUGUUCCUUCGUCUGGUGAGUCUGGGUGUUCUCCUCUUCACCCUGUGGAGACAGAUCACGUGCGAGGGUAACACAGACAGUGAUAACUGUACGCUGUGCCAUUACAACUAUAAGAUCUACCCGUGCUGGGAAACACGUAUAGGACAGGAGAUGUACAAACUGACACUGUUUGACCUCCUCAUCAACAUAGCUGUGCUUGUCCUGGUGGAGUUCCCGCGCAGGAUGGUGGUGGACAACUGGUCCAGUAAGCUGGCCCAGUGGGUGGGUCGGCAGGAGUUCGUAGUUCCCUACAACGUGCUUGGACUGGUAUAUGGUCAGACUGUGGUUUGGACAGGAGCUCUUUUUUGCCCUCUGCUGCCACUCAUCAACUCCAUCAAGUUUGUCAUCCUCUUCUACUGCAAGAGGAUCACACUCUUAUAUAAUUGUCGGCCAGCAAUGAAGACGUUUCGCUCCACCACCUCCACCUUCUUUUUCCUGGUGGUACUCCUGUUUGGCUGGAGUCUGGCCACAGUUGUCAUGAUUUACAGUCUUUCUGAGAUCCAUCCUUCUAUGAGUUGCGGCCCUUUCCGUUUCUUCCCCAACAUGUGGUCGAUUGUUCCAACCUCUUUCUACAGCCUCUCUAAAAUUACACAAGAUUUUCUCUUCUUCAUUGGUUCCCAGGCCUUCUCCAUCCCUCUGUUUGUGUUAUUUUGCGUGGUGAUGUGUUAUUUCAUAGCCUUAGCGUCUGUCUAUGGGAAAAGUGUUGCCCUGCUAAGAGUUCAGCUUAAACUGGAGAGCCGUGACAAGCAGUUCUUGGUCAAGCAGAUCGAGGAGCUGAGUCGACAACUUCAGAUACCAAAACACACCGCAGGAGCACAAGACUGAACAUGGCAUAGCGACAUUGUUAAGUUUUUACGACCUUCUAAACACUAAACAACAUGAUGAGGCAUCUGAAAGGACUGUAUGUGUAUAAAGCCAGUUUCAUAAUGCUGCUUACAGUUUAGCAGACAAUCCUGCAACAUGAUUAUUGAAUUAUAUAUGUUGUGGUUUUUGACAGAUCAGAUAGAUAUGUUUUCUAGGAAAAUUAAAACUUGUUUGUUAUUAAUAUACCCAAGUUAGUGGUAUAUGUUUAAUUACAUAAAUGCCAAGCAAAGAGUGCCUUUGUUCUAAAUGCAACGUUUCACCACCUUUGUCUGUCCAUGAAAAUAGAGUUGUAUGUCUUUGUUUUCCUUUUACAUAAUAAAAUGAGAGGUAGUAGCCCCCUCUAGUGUCAAACGUG